AUGCUGGACGAAAGCAACUUGCAUUUGUUGGUGGACGCGGGGCAAAUUCACGCUGCUCUGAGGACCAAGCACGGAGAUGAGCGAGUGCGUCAGUUGGAGGAGCUCCAGGUGGGCAUGGCGACGGACAACGUGCUCGGCAUCACCUCGCUCAUCCUGCGGGUCAAGGUGGCGUACGUCGACGCCGAGGGUCGCGCCGCGAGCGACUCACUGGUGGUGAAGCGUUUGCCGCUGAGCCUCAAGCAGCUCGAGCUGGUCGACAACUGUAACUCGUUCGAGCGGGAAAUCGAGUUCCUCGUCGAGUACGCGCCCUUGUUGAGGGAGCGGGCCCUGGGCCGCUGGCUGCCCCUCGUUGAGUGCUACUGGGGAGCCGAGCGCACCCUCGUCAUGGAGGACCUGUGUGCCGGUGGCUACCAAAGCCUCGUCGGCACCAUCGGUGACCUCAAGAUGGACGUCUUCACCCCCGAGCACGUGGAGGCCGUGCUCAAGGUUCUGGCAGGUCUGCACGCGGCCUCGGCUGGUAUCGACUGGGAGCAGCGUUUUCCGCGCUACCUGCCGCACAAUCCUCUUUUUGACGGCACCGACGGGGAGUACUUCAGGUCCACCUUGGAUUCUGCCAUCGAAGGGCUGCUCUUCUUAGCUGACGCGCGUCUCACGGAGUUGUACCCUGAAGUCAUGUGCUGGCUCCGAGAAGGCGACGUCUUUGAGGAGCUGCGGAGGUGCGGCAAAAGGUCAGACCAGUUCCUCAACGUGCUAAACCAGGGUGAUCCGUGGGGAAACAACAUUCUCUUCCGCAGAGAUAAGCACACCGGCCAACUCGAGGUCAAAAUCGUAGACUAUCAGUUGGGCAAGUUCGCCCCUGCCAGCUGCGAUUUGUUCUAUUUUUUAUACACCAGCAUCAGCCACGAUUUGCGGCUCGCCAACGAGCCUAGGUGGCUUGAAUUGUACCGACGCGAGUUUAACGCCUUGGUCGGCGAGCAGUUCCGGCUCGAGGAGCAGCAAUUCGAGCAGCAUUGCCGCAAAAACCGCAUCUACGGCCUCAUGUUCGCCAGCCUCUGCCGCCCCAUGCUUUACAUGCACAAACGCACGCCCAGCGCCGAGAUGAGCGAUGAAAAGUUCAUGGAGUUCAUGGUCAGAGACUACAAAGGCCACGAGCACAACCAGAGUCUGAAAUUGGAAGUGGACAACAUUUUCGUUGACUUAGUUUGUUUUUAUUACAGUAAUAAAUAUGGCAAUUCUCAAUAAUUGAUUGGCUUAUCUGUUUUCGAAAGAUUUUCCUAUUAAAAUAAAUUUUAUUGAAAGUGAAGUUGUCAAGAGAAUUUUGAUUCAUGGCUUCCUUGUUGUGUAGCAAGCUGUGGAAUAUAAUGCUUGAAUAAUUUAUUUUUACGAAUAAUUUAUAGUGAAAAAACAGACACUCAUCAUGGCAGUCAUAUUGUGAUUUUUGUAUUUUAAUUUGUAAAAAAAUGCAAAAUGGAGGAUUUAAUGGAAGUGUCGGACAAUAUGACAGCAGUCUUUAAAAAAUAGUUCUAAAAAUUAAGAUCGGAGGUCAGACGAAAUUUGCAACAAAAAAUGUAAGGCGAAGAAAUUAAAAAAAUAUACAAUUUUGCGAAGAGGGCAAGUCGAUUGUUGGUUUUGCUGCAAUUUUAGAAAUUGAAGAAGCCACUCGAGGAAUAUUCCGUUGUUGAAUUUAAAACCAGACAUGUUUCCUAGUUGCAAAGAAUGUCAAUUUUUAUUUCCCGACUAGUUUGGUCUAAUUAAUAGUUAGCAAACAGUUCCCACUCAACUUAUAUUUUUCUUUUCUUGAAAUAUUUUAACCAAUGCAAAUACUAAAUUUUAAUGUUAUUCUUAAUUUAAAUUUUGUUACCAUAAAAUAGGGCUGCAGAAUGCAAGCCGAAACUUGUCGGGAAAUCAAAUUUGACGCUCUUGGCAAAGAGGAAUCAUAAAUUCAAGUUUCCAGAAAAUCUUUCCCCUAUUUUUAAUUGCACAAUAGAGAAAAAUAGCACCGCAAAUAUAUUGAAAAACCCAUAUUUUGCGUUUAAUAAACCAUUAUAUAAAUAUAUUGAAAUGUAAUAUUACUGCUAAAUUUCAAAACAUUUCCUAAAUUAAGUAACUAGAUUUCAUAUCAACCUAACUAAGAAUUUACUUAUUUCCUGUUCAUUGGUAUUGAAAUCCCAGUUGCUAGUUUUUUCAGGCUGCUUAAGCAAUCUUGCAACGCUGUGAGUAUUUGACAAAUUCUUUUAUAUGCAUGCAAAGAAUGCAAAAUGACAUUGUUCCACCAACAGUAAGACACCAAAGCAUUCAGGUGGGGUGCAACGAAACAGGAGUAGCAUCAGGUAUCAGAGGAGUAGAACUAACUUUUUCGUUCCUUCUCUUUCAUCCACCACCUUAGUCGGUCCAUUCAAGCGCUCUAUUUGCUCGAAAUAAUGAUCAUGUACAAAAUGUAAGUGUGUCGUUUUUGAGGCUAUUUUUUGAGAAAAGCAGGCUCUUAUUUAAAUUUAAUUCAAGGUGCAUCGUGUUUUUGCUGGCCUUGUGCAGUGUCGGGCUUGCAGAAAAGGGGUGCGGCAAGACCUACAGUAAGAAGUUCCCUUGCAGCGACUACGAGUUGCUCGAGGACUGUCCCAAAAAGGAACGGGAGGCGUACGAGAAAAUUCGGACGUCGAAACAAUUUGAGCAGGGUAAGUUCAAUUAUAUUUCGAAUCAAUUGGAAACUUGAUAAUAAUUCUGGUUUAUUUUAUAGAGGAGGUAUACGAGGAUGAGGCCUACUACAGUCAAAACAGGCACUGGGACUGCGAGGAUAGUGACUAUUACAAUAUGAGGAAUGAGAAACGUUAUUUCAAGGAAUCCUGGGUCUCGUUGACCGUGUCUCCGCAAUGCGAGAGCUACAUGAGCGACCGAGACAGGCUGUUGAUGUGCGAGGUCUCUCUCACCAACGGCAUGUUCAGGCACGGCAAGCAUGUAAAGCCGCGUUUCGACAGUCGAGGCCAGGCUGCCUUUAACCAACGCAAGCAGCAAAAACAGCAGAGAUAUUUCGACGAUGCGCGCCCAUGUCGCAAAGAAUGGACCAGCGAAGAGGAAAGAAUGUCGAAGUACAAUGCUAGGAUGAAAAUGAAGAAGUCUGAGAAGUCCUACUAUUGAGAUUUCCUUUCUGUAUUCUAUGUUUGUGUUGUCCUUUUGUGUAUCCAAAACAAGAAGAAAAAGCAAAAAAAAAUAAGAGAGACAUUUGUCUCAAUGAACCAAACUUGAAGUUAAAUGGAAGCAAAAUGUGCCCACUCUAUGAAGUAAAAAUCAGCUUCUAUUUGCUAUGUGAGUUUAGAGGAAUUAAAAUGAUAAAUGAAAAUAAUCACAUCAAAUAA